AUGGAGUGUAAUGCGAAGCCAUCGUUGCAGUGGGAAUGGGAAAAUUUAAUAUCUUUUGGUACUUCAUCAGCUGAAAUUCCUAGAAAGCUUAGACCAACGGAGUGGGAAAUUGAUGGGUUUGAUUGCACUUCCCUCUAUUCUUCCAGCUUUGCUACAGUAGCUAAUGGUGGUGGUUCAGGUUCUGACCUAGCUCAUGCGUUCUCGAAGAGCUCAAAGUCAACUUCUAUUAGCUCUUCAUCAGCUGAAGUGAAAACACACAAUUUUACAUCAGAAGCUGGUGAAAGUCUUCCUGGAGAACUGGGAAGUAGUGAAGAGUUUGCAAAGGGAAUCGAUGCUUCUCCAAGUCUUGAACUUUCCUUUGGCUCUGGUGAUCCGGCUCUUGGUUUGAAGCUUGGUAAGCGAACAUACUUUGAGAACUUUUGGGAAGUGGAGAAUGCAAAAGGUUUAGCACUUCCAGUGAGCCUCGCAUCAUCUUCUGUUUCUCCGGUAAAGAGAUCCAAACCCAUUUCUCAGAGGUUACAAACUCCUCUCUGCCAAGUUGAAGGCUGUAAUCUCGAUCUCUCAUCAGCUAAAGACUAUCAUCGGAAACAUAGGAUCUGUGAAAACCAUUCAAAGUAUCCGAAAGUUGUUGUGAGUGGUGUAGAACGUCGGUUCUGCCAACAAUGCAGCAGGUUCCACUGUCUCUCUGAGUUUGAUGAGAAGAAACGUAGCUGUCGCCGGCGUCUCUCUGAUCACAAUGCAAGACGCCGUAAGCCAAAUCCUGGGAGGACAUAUGAUGGGAAGCAACAGAUGGAUUUUGGAUGGAACAGAUUUGCACUUAUCCAUCCAAAAAGUGAGGAAAAGUUUCUAUGGCCAAGUUCAAAUCCCAUACCAUCAAGAGGGUUAAUUCUGCAACCUGCAAAGACCGAGACUUCCAAUAAGCUGUUCACCAAGAACUGUGGAUUUGGAUUGUUGGACCCAAAAACCAAAACCGCGAGAACUGAUUUAUUCAGUAAAGAAAAGGUCAUAAUCUCUUCACACAUGGGUGCUUCUCAAGAUAUUGAUGGUGCUCUCUCUCUUCUGUCAAAUUCAACAUCAUGGGCUUCCUCUGACCAACCAAGACGUUUCUCCCUUGACUACCAUGCCACAAACAAUUUACAACCGCCUGUGGCUCACCGGUCUGUGACCCAACUCAACUCAGUGUCCGGCUAUUGGCAGCCGGACCAACCAGCAGUGGGCCAAACAGCUCCGCAUAGAAACGGUGGCGGCCAGUUUAAUGAGAGCUACUUCAGCUUUAACCAGUUUUAUAACUGA